UCAGGUCUCCUGUUACCCGAGUAAGCAGAGGGCUGUUUACGAUGACUGCUACUAUGAAAUAAACCUAGACGUGGACACGCCUGUAAACAUUACCUCCCCCGGCUAUCCAUGUACCUUUCCACGCUCAUUCAGCUGUCAGUGGAAAUUAAAGGCUCCAAGAGGACAUUUUAUUCGAAUUGAUAUUUUGGUAUUUGAUCUUCCUGAAAACGACGAGGGCAAAACGUGUCACGUGGCCUACCUGGAAUAUGGUCACUAUGACUACAAAUAUCGCCGCGUCGCUGACACAGACAGACGAUGUGGCACCAAAAAUCCAAAGAAAAUCAUUUCACUCAACAACACAUACUGGUUAGCUCUAACGGGUCACUGGUAUCCUGAGACUGUAUCUUACAAGGGCAUCUACUUACAACUCAAAAUAACUAACCAGACAAAAGUUCGAAUAGCAAGCGACCCUACAAUUGUGGCAAUAUGUGCUUUUCUGGUCCCUCUUUUCUGCGCAUUUCCGGUUUACCAUUGCUUUAAGCGCAUGGCCCAGGUCAACAAAAGGAAAAGAAUACAAGCAAGGGUUCAGAGACUCAGAGAACAAGACAGACAGAAAAGGGAGUCAGGUGCUACCAGUGGAGAUGGCCUAAGCACAACAGUUUCUGUCGCCGAGGAGACAUCGUCUGUGUUUUACACUAUAUGGGAAGAGUCAGAUGAAUGCCCACCUGCCAAGGGAGAAUCCAAAGUGUGUGAAAAAAAUAACAACCUAUGCAUCAGCAGAGCCAAUCUGAGUGCCAGUGAUAGUGAACUUCACAAAGCCUAUCCCCAAGCCAAGGCCUCCAAACACCCUACUUCUGCUUUGCGGUCACUAAGCCAGGUUUCUGACCCUGACAAGCCUAUCUCCUGCAGUCCUAGCCAUUCCUCACCGGCACUCUUUCUGGAUGUGCCCACUUCCACCCCUUUCUUGAUGCCCCCACCCAGUCUAGAAGGCACCCCAAAUCGUUCAUCAUUAAGGAAAAGCGUCACCUUCAUGGACACGGAUUUAGUCUUUCGUUACCAAACGCCUGUCGAGCCACGAUAAUGCUACGAAUAGAUAUACGGGUUUUGUUUUUCGUUUCUUACCCAAAAAGAGGCGAUGCUAAGCGGAAUAUCACUGAGCCACGGUGACGACACGAAUAGAUAUACGGGUUUUGUUUUCCGUUUCUAUACCCAAAGAGAGGCGAUGCUAAGCGGAAUGUCACUGAGCCACCUUAACGACACGAAUAGAUAUACGGGUUUUGUUUUCCGUUUCUAUACCCAAAGAGAGGCGAUGCUGAGCCGAUUGCCAUUGAGCCACGUUAACGACACAAAUAGAUAUACGGGUUUUGUUUUACAAACACAGACGAUGUCGGGUAACGGAAACACGAUCAUGGUGCAAAUGAGCACGAAGUUGUGUUCCAUUAUUGCAGGUAAGGAG